UCUCCCAAACAUACGGAGAGCUAGAUAAAAUGAUAACGAUAUUGAUUUACUUCAUUGAGAUAAAAAGUGGAUUGUUGUAGUAUAAACUUUACAAACUCAGAAAUCGAUGAAAAAUUCAAUUUAAAAUUAAAACCAAACCAAAUACAAUCGGUCGACAUCGAACUAUUUAAACUAUCAACCACAAAGUAAACUUCGAACUUUACAACAUUAUUUAAACGGGGCGUUGUAGGGUGGCAGUAGAACAGAUAGAGCGUCAAAGAGAGUGUCCAUUUGAACAAAUCAGUUACUGAAAGUUUGUCACUCUCUGUCUCUUUUCCUCACCCAUGUAGUAGCACUGUACGAGUAUUAAUCUUAAUUGCUUAAUUGUCAGACACUGCCGCUUUUUUGAGAAAUAAUGACGAACAAUGCACUUGGCAAUGGAAGUCAGUCAAAUGAAACGGAAAGUUUUGAAAAGAGUGAUGACGAGAGUGACGUCAACGUUUUGGAUACAAUUCUAGUCCAUAUUGGAGAAUUUGGACGUUACCAAAUGUUCAACUACGUCCUUCUCUGCAUACCCAUGGUGUUCAAUGCAUUUCAAUCGAUUUCUUAUGUUUUUACAACCAGUCCGGUUAUUUACAGAUGUAAUGUACCGCAAUGUGACAGCGCAACUAGUCAGUAUUGGGAGCCUUGGGUGAACUUUACCAUUCCCCCAAAAGGUUCAUCCCUAGAUUCAUGCAAUCGUUAUAUCUUUGAGGAGGCAAUCGAAAAAUACACAUCUAUUCCCUCCAGUGAAUUUUGCAUUGCUCAAAAUUUCAAUACGUCGCGAUUGGAGAAAUGUGGCAAAGACUUUAAAUUUCGCGAUGAAGAAUAUACUGUGUCGAAUGAGUUUGGAUUCUUUUGCUCCGAAGAAUGGAAGUUAAAUAUGGCUGGGACCAUAAACAAUGUUGGCCAGUUCAUUGGUAUUCCAUUGGGUGGACUUUUGGCAGACAGAUAUGGACGAAAAACUAUUUUGGCUCUAGCUGGGUUUCUCAGUUCGAUUAUGGGCAUAAUACGUUCUUUUUCAGUUAAUUACUACAUGUUCUUGUCGUUUGAGUUGCUCGAUAUGGUAGUGGGAAGCACGCUCUUUCCCACGGCUUUUCUAUUGGCUAUAGAGCUAGUGGGACCUAAAAGACGAGUGGCUGCCGCUACAAUAAUAACAAUCUUCUAUUCAUUGGGCGAGGCAUUAUUAGGUGUGUUGGCGCAGCAAUUUCAAAAUUGGAGAGUUUUACUUCGCGUGCUUUAUGUACCGGCUGCAGUUCAAAUAUUUUUCCUAUUUUUAUUGCCAGAGAGUGUCCGUUGGCUACUGAGUCAACGCAGAGAGGAUCAAGCCAUUUCCAUUCUACGUAGAGCAGCUCGCAUUAACAAACGGAAGCUUUCUAACAGUAGCUUAGAACAGCUGGUGAACUUGAAUAAUUCAAAGUUGGAAGAAGCCAAAGAAAGCACUUAUCCAAUAAGGAAAGCAUUUAAAAUGUUUUCGUGGAGAAUAACAAACUGCUCAUUCUGUUGGUUUACGCACACCCUAGUGGCUUUGGGACUUAGUUUAAAUUCGGUGAAUUUGGGAGGUAACAAAUACAAUAACUUUAUGUUGAAUGGCCUGGUACAAGUUCCUGGUCUGAUACUUCCUCUCUUCAUUAUGAAUUCUUUGGGAAGACGUACUUCACUCUGUGGUUCAAUGCUAGUGUGCGCUCUGUGCAUGGGGGCGACCAUUCUUUUUGGAAAAUAUGGUUAUGCCACAGAGUUGAUUCUAUUCUUAAUUGGAAAAUUUGCCAUUACAUGCAGUUUUCAAGUUCUGUACUUUUUCACAUCAGAAAUCUUUCCCACGAAUGUUAGAAAUAGUCUUCUGUCCUUAUGCUCGAUGAUAGGCCGUAUUGGAUCCAUGAUAGCUCCCCAGACUCCAUUGCUGGCGAAUUACUAUGAAUAUGCCCCACAGAUUCUUUUUGCUGGCUUUGCUUUAGUCAGUGGGUGUUUGACGUUACUGUUUCCUGAAACUUCAAAUAAAUGCCUCCCAACUACUAUGGAUGAAGCUAGCAAUUUAAAUAGGAAAACUGGUGGAAAAAGCGAGCAAGGAGAUGAUAUUUAAACGUAUGGUUUAAAAGAAACCUCAGAUCUAAGACAUCGUAUUUUGUAUUUUAUACAUUUAUAUUAGACCGCCCCAUUCUAUAAAGGAGAAUUUUUUUCCAGAUAGAGAAACGCAUACCCUGCAUUUUUUCCUUUAGAUCCCAAUAAGCAAAAUACGAAAUAGUAUUGCGAUCGGUUACCGAUAACCCGUGCCGACACGACGUCCAAAUUUGGAUGUAGUGAUUUCUAAGGAAUCUGGCAUGAAAUUACUAAACUAAGUACACAUUCAAAUGUGAGUUAUUACAAAAUCACAAACUGUACCCUGCACCACAACUGUGGCUGAGAUAAAAUGUGUAGUUCAAUUCAGAAAUUGCUACUGAUUUGGCUUAGCCAUAUCCGUCUGUCCACAUAUCCUUUCUGUGGUGAUAGUCUGUCCGUCAUUUUUUGUGACUAAGAAGGAGAUCGCAUUUUUUAUCCAAUCAUCACGGAAAUUUUUUUUUUUAGCCCAAAAGGCAAAUACAAUCAAUUUUGGUAAAAAUCAGUUUGGAUUUAGAUAUAGCUCCCAAAUUUUGGGUUGCCUAAAAAGUAAUUGCGGAUUUUUCAUAUAGUCGGCGUUGACAAAUUUUUUCACAGCUUUUGACUCUGUAAUUGCAUUCUUUCUUCUGUCAGUUAUCAGCUGUUACUUUUAGCUUGCUUUAGAAAAAAAGUGUAAAAAAAGUAUAUUUGAUUAAAGUUCAUUCUAAGUUUUAUUAAAAAUGCAUUUACUUUCUUUUAAAAAAUCCGCAAUUACUUUUUGGGCAACCCAAUAUAUAAAAUGUCCUAUUUAAACUUAUGUAUGGAAUGUUGAUUAAUAUGAUCAAAAUCGGUUCAAAUUUGGAUAUAGUUCCCAUUAUAGUUUUCAACUACAGACCGAUAAUUCAACUUCGGUUACUAUCUUUAUUUUUUGAUGAAAUGAUGAUUUUGAUGAAAUUUGGCGCAGACUUCCAGAUGAGUAAUAAAACACUUCAUACCAAAUUUCGUGCAAAUCAGUUAAGAAUUGUAGUAACUACGACUUUAAACUAGUAAAACGGGCGAAUUAUAUUUGGGAGCUAUAUCUAAAUCUGAACCGAUUUUUACCAAAAUUGAUAGCGUUUAUCUCUGGGCUAAAAACCAGAAAUAUGCAAAAUUUCGUGAUAGUCGGUCACAAAAAAAAAAAAACAACAGACGGACUAUCAGCACAGAAAGGAUAUGCGGACAGCCGGACAUGGCUAAGCCGAAUCAGCAGGAAUUUCUGAGUCAAAUUACACAUUUUAUCACAGCCACAGUAGGUACAGUUUGUGAUUUUGUAAUAAAUUACAUAUAAGUGUAUACUUAGUUUUCCAAUUUCAUUCUAGGAGCUAAAAUACUCAACUAGAUUCCUUAGAAAGCUCUGCAUCCAAAUUUGAACGUCGUGAUGGGUUAUCGUUAAUCAAUCGCCAUUAUAUUUCGUAUUUUGCUUAUUGGGAUCAAAACGAAAAGAAGAGGUUAUGCGUUUCAAAAUAUAUAAUUUUUGCUUUUUUGGGACACUCUAGUGUAUAUACCAUAUUAUAGCUAUAUUUAUAUCUAUGUAUAUAUAUAAAUGUGUAUAUGCCACUAAAU